AUGAAUGGAGCAAAUCAGAAUAUCCCUAACACUUUGCCAAGAUUACCAUCAUUUCAACAAUUGAGUGAAACAAUUCGCAACCCCGAUUUUCCAGACCUGCUGCAAAAAACUCAUCAUCAAUAUCAUCAACAGCAUAGAUUUCAAAAUACCCCCAUUGACUGCAAGUCUCUAAUGUUGUUCCCAAUAAAUUAUACACCUGUCAAUGAUAAUGGUGUUGCUACUGCAGCUGCUACUGCUACUGCUACUGCUCCUGUCAAUGGUAUUGUUACCACUAAUAGUUUGAAUGGCAAUUCCAUUAUGGAAUAUUCUUAUGGACCAACAUUACAUGGCAGACAUGAAAGUUAUCCUAAUCAAUAUGUAUUCCCCAAUCAAGAAUCAAAGACAGGAAUUCCAAUUUCUAAUCGAGUAUCACCUACUUCAAUGGAUAGAACUAAAGCACAUUCUUUGGACUUGGAAUUGACUAAUCGUGUUAAUACGACCAAUAAUGAUGCUAAAACCUAUUCCAAAAAAUAUAAGGUUGUGUUUGAUUUAAUUCAAUUUUUGAAAAAAUUUGAAAUCAAAUAUAAUGAAUUGAAACAUUAUACAUUUGAUUUAGAAAAUGAUAAGAAUUCAAAUGUAUUGGAGAAAAUGGUUACUGAAUUAUCAAUAGAUGAUAUAAAUGAAGCAUUAGUUAAUACUAAGAAACUUGCUAAUGUUUUUGAAAAUAUUAAAAGUAUUAAUGAAAAUAGUACCAAGUCCACCAAUGAUAUGAGAAGAAAGAAUGGAUUAUUUGUAUAUGAGAAUGGUAAUAAGAAACAACAACAACAACAGCAACAACAUGGUGAAAAAAGAAAAAUUCGAAAAAAGCAUCAGCACCAAAUGGCAAAGACUAAAUCAUUAUCUACAAAUGGUGAAGCUAUUCCUAUGCAAAUGAGUGUCAGUCGCAAUAAUGGUAGUAUUACUUCAACUGGGUUUUUGCAACUGGUUCAACAACAAGCACCGCAACCGCAACCGCAAUCACAGCCACAAACACAACACCAACAACUACAACCAGCACUGGAAUUAGUCCCACCACACACGCAAGCACAAACACUAUCAGCAGUAACAUCUAAUCUCACUAAUGGGAAUUUGAAUACCGAGUUGAGUGCAAAACCAGAAAUUACUUGUCAACAUUGCUGCUCUCAAGAAACCCCGGAAUGGCGCCGAGGACCUGAAGGUAGUAGAACGUUGUGUAAUGCAUGUGGAUUAUUUUAUUCCAAGUUGAUUAAAAAAUAUGGAUUACGAGAAGCUGAUAAAGUUAUGCUACAUCGUAAACAAACCGGGACAGUCAAUGAUAGAAGAAUUUUUUAA